UUGGAUCGUCUGGCUCGACAGCGGGCAUCGGGUCACCAGGCAUGACAGCGGGCACCGGGUCAUCAGGUACCGGAUCGUCUGGAUCGACAGCGGGCAUCGGAUCACCAGGCAUGACAGCGGGCACUGGGUCAUCAGGCAUUGGAUCGUCUGGCUCGACAGCGGGCAUCGGGUCACCAGGUAUGACAGCGGGCACCGGGUCAUCAGGCAUGACAGCGGGCACUGGGUCAUCAGGCAUUGGAUCGUCUGGCUUGACAGCAGGCAUCGGGUCACCAGGCAUCGGAUCGUCUGGAUCGACAGCGGGCACCGGGUCAUCUGGCAGGGCAUCGGGUCACCAGGCAUGACAGCGGGCACUGGGUCAUCAGGCAUUGGAUCGUCUGGCUCGACAGCGGGCAUCGGGUCACCAGGCUGGAUCAGUUCAUCAGGCUGGGUACAGACAUCAGGCUGGGUACAGACAUCAGGCUGGGUAGAGACAUCAGGCUGAAGUGCGGGUGCCGAGGCACCAGGCUGAACCACGGAAGGCAGGUUCUCAGACGGCAGGC